GGCCAAGAAGGCAGGUUGGGCGCUGUGGACACUCUUUAAACACACCUCCUCACCACCGGCACUCACACCCAUUUGCACACUUCCACACACUCGGACACACAUCAGCAGGGGCAGGUGAGGAAGACCCUGAGCAGGGUCCUGAGGAGCCCGACGCCCACCAUCCAUUUCGCUGCGUCUGGGGCAACUGCAGAUUGCCCUGCCCUGCUCAGCCCAACUGAACCGAGCCACCCUUCGGACCCCGACCCGCUGCCCUCCUCGGGGGCAUCUCGGACACUCGGCAGGAAUGAGGGGAGAAUCUUAUUUCAUUGGAAUGAGAAAUCCUGGGCAAUAUGGUCACCUCUCGGAAGAUGGAGGACUUUUCUUACUAUACUGCAUAGAUAGAGACUGGGAUAUAACAAGAUGUUUCGCAGAAGAAGCCUUCCAAGCAAUAACCGACUUCAAUGACCUCCCAAACGCUCUAUUUGCCUGCAACGUUCACCAGUCAGUAUUUGAAGGAGAAGCCAGUAAGGAGAAAUUCGAAGGACUGUUCCGCACGUAUGAUGACUGUGUGACGUUUCAGCUGUUCAAGAGUUUCAGACGUGUGCGAAUAAACUUUAGCAAUCCCAAAUCUGCAGCUCGGGCCAGGAUAGAGCUCCAUGAAACACAAUUCAGAGGGAAGAAGUUAAAACUUUACUUUGCACAGGUUCAGACCCCCGAGACAGAUGGAGAUAAGCUUCACUUGGCACCCCCUCAGCCAGCAAAACAGUUUCUCAUCUCACCUCCUGCAUCACCUCCUGUGGGCUGGCAGCCUAUCAGCGAUGCCACACCAGUCAUCAACUAUGACCUUCUCUAUGCUGUUGCAAAGCUUGGACCAGGGGAGAAGUAUGAACUUCACGCAGGAACUGAGUCCACCCCAAGCGUUGUGGUGCAUGUGUGCGACAGCGACAUUGAGGAAGAAGAAGAUCCAAAGAAUUCUCCAAAGCCAAAAAUCAUUCAAACCCGGCGUCCUGGCCUGCCACCACCCCCUGUGUCUAACUGAGCUUCCCUCCAUGCCUCAGACAACACAAUCACUUCUUCUCUUUCACAUGCUUUCCUUUCUUGUUGGCUUAUUUUUAUUAGGUCAGUUAUGUUUAAAGGAAUUGGUUGCCUUCAAAUCCCUGGACAUUUAGUUCACUGGGACCCCCACCCCUUCCUUAUAUUGAAGCCUCUCAACAUAAGGGCUAGGAAAAGGGGAUCUGUUUCCUGAAUCCUGUCAUUCACUGCUAACCCUAAUGCAUCUUUUAGGAGGGUCUAAAAUAAAUAGCAUUUUGUUCUUAAGCCACUAUUACAUCUCAGAGCUAUGUACUCAAAAGCCAACCUAAACCAGAGAUGUCAAUCAUGAAUGUCACUGUCUGGGGGGAGGUGUGCUUUGGCUUUCUCAAUCCCCAUAUUGAGAUGUAUGCAUUUUUUUUUUCCUGGCCACAAUAAUAGGACCAUAUGUAAACUUGAAUUUUGAUUGCAUGAGAUUCCAUUCAUUGUCUCUCACCCAGUCUCUGCACCCAACACCCACAUGAUAUGCAUGGUCACCCGCACUUGUUUUCAUCAUUUGAGGUAAUGGUAACCCAUUCGUGGUAACCCAUGAAAUUCCCCAUGUCUAGCGGAGAACUCUCUAGAGGGGAACUUUGUUAGGAUUGUCUACCUGGACAGGUCUUAUUUUGUUUUCUGAUGUACUCACUGUUUGGAAUAAAACAUUUCCUUAACAUGUUAACAUUUCUGGAGGGGAAAACCAAGUCUAGCACCCAAAGAUGUUUCUUGAUGUAUUUUGGGUAUUGCUUCCGCACACUAGCUACCACAUCCCACCUAGGAGGUAUGUCCAGGGUGAUAGAGACUGACUUUAGCAGAAGCUGUUUGUUAUUAUGGCUUUCUGGUUUCAGAACUAUUUGUUGUUGGGGUUUUUUCCCCCUUUCCUUUUUUUGUGUAUAUUUGUACAAAUGUUUCAGCUGUGCUUUUGAAAUCAGGAACUUUUUUUUUUCAAUUUGGUGAUUGUUCAGCCAUGCCUGGAAACGUAACUCAUGCAUUGCUGUUAACGCAUUCAUAGAAUAUUACAGCUGUUAUGGUAAUAUCACAGUAUCUUAUGGAUAAUACUGAGUAUUGAAGGGGCACCAAGAUUACUUCAAUGGCAUAUAAGUAAAGAUCGAGCAUCUUUGUUAUUGAAAUCCGUUUUUAAAAAGUUAUCAAAUGUGAGCAUCAUUUGAAGGUGGUUUAAAGAGAACAGCAACUGAGCAAACCAAAAUGAGAAAGAGAAAAGAUUAAUGGGAAACUACCCUACUCCUUCAAUGCCCACAUACUGUACAUAGAAGACAUUUGUUUUAGUUUGUGAUUUUCUAUUUCUCUAUCCCAAAGUGCAUUACAGAAUAUACACCUAUAGAACCAUUACCUUCUCUGCCGUAUGUUCCCGGCCUAGGUCAUCUACUGCUGUCCAUUAAUGAGUUAGUCUAGAUGUGUGAUGCCAGUUAUGAUGGAGUGGGAAAAAUCUUUUCAUUGCCCAAGCCGUAGAACAAAACAAAAUAAUACAGCCAAAUGACUGAAGGGAUUUCAUGGUUUUUGACUAGGGUGUAUAGCUCAGUCUCGUCAGAGACUGAAGUCACAUAGAAUGUUCAUUCAGAAAUUAGAAGUCCUUUUUACUGUGAACAUAUACAGUACUGUACUGCAGAGGGGAA